AUGGUGUUAUCGCGCCUUUGCGAGCUGCUUUCCAACGCCAAAGUAUUUAAAGAUUGCUCAUGCGAAAGAAGAGCAGGAAAAAGGAGACUCUUGAGGAGACUCCGAAAGAUAAGCGCAAACCAAACUCUAAAUGGCAACACAGAGAACCAUGUACCGUUCAAUUUGUUCGCGGGCUGGUGUUUGGAAGCCGAGGCGUUGCCACCCUCACACAGGGCCGGCAAGUUGCUCGCUCUGCGCUUACUUUGCGAGUCGACUCAGGCGCAAGGUCCGGGUGCUCCGUCGUCGUGCAACAAUCGCUUGCACCUUGCGCAUCUAAAUUUAUACCAGCGCGCAUUGCACCAUGGUUUAACGGGGGAAGAUCGAUCGGUUGUGGAUGUACUCGUGGAGUACGCAGCGCCACGUUACUUAUCACUAGCCCUCGAUGGAUAUUCCCUCCUAUUACUCGACUUUGUGCACGCCUCCACAGUCGUACUCAAUUCAUCCGACAUGGGCGCUUCGUGUCCUCGAACUGCGGCUGUGACGUUUUUGGGCUCGCUUCUCUCUCUCCCAGACGAGCUUAUGAACGCUCCUAUGCUACAGCCUUACCCACACCAAUACAACACCGUAUCCUGUCCUGAUUUAAAGGAGCACGUGCUCAACAUAGUAGUGCGCGUUUGCCGUCGUGAAGGCGCGGCGGCGGCGAGAUGUGCGGGCGCGUGCGCUCUGACCGCGCACGUUUGCCACGUGCUGGCCGCGCGCGUGCCCUGCACGCGACUACCGUCGUACGUCACAUGCCUGUUACAGAUGCUCAUGAUGAAAAAUAAAACUAUCGCCAAAGUAGUAAGCGAUUGUGUGUUAGUUCUCGCUGAUUACACAGAUCGAAUCGUAGAAUUAUAUCCGGGUCUUGCUGGUAAAAUCAUAAAAUGGAUAUGCGCAUGCCUGGCUCAACUCUCAACUAGCAGCUCUAGAGAUUCCGUACGCCCCCUAGCGGGGUCUCUGCUUUUCUGUCUCGCGGAAUUUGCCGUCCGCUGCGGACCAGCCCGUCUAAUGGAUGAAAAAGAAGGCGAUCAGUCGCUGCUACUCAUCAUAUUCAGAGUGUUAUACGCUGUAAUGAAAGGAACGAAUGGAUCUGAAAUAGAGGGACUAUCUCUGCCUGUCGAUGAAGACUUCGAUCCGAAUAUACAAUUAGACAAUUUGGGACUGAAGUCGUCGCCCGUUUCUACAAUCGACGUGAAAUUGUGGGCGCAAACGAUAUGCACACAACUGGUUCUAUUCCUCGGCCACUGGCCGCUGUGGAGCGGAUGUCAGCUAUCGUCGAGCGUGUGUGAGCAGCACGACAGCCCAUCGCUGGGCGGCGAGCUGGGCCCCGCUGUAUUGGCGGCGCCACACCUACAGCUGAUGAGACUUAGCGACGCCACGCUAGCGUCCUUCGUAGAGCUUCCCGCUCUAGAUAUGCCGCCCGGUGCCGCCGCCACCACGCCAGGGCUUUCAACAUCAGACCGACAAGUACGCGUCCUACUUCGUGAUAUCGCGGGCAAAGCUUGCUGGGAUGCGUCCGCACUCUACUAUGACCCUUCAUCAUCUGCAGAAGAGCCACUUGAACCGUUGCCUUUACCAGACAGCGAUGACAUUCCAAGAGAGAACACGCUAUCUUCACUGCCACCACCGUUGCCCCCGGAUCUACUACCAGAUUACAAGAAUUCGCCGCCUGACAAACAUCAAUUAGAUCACGUAUUAGCUUACAUCGGUCACACUUCGCCUGAAGUAGUAGGAGGGAGAAGGUUAGACGGCGCGGGCGCAUCUCCAUUGCCGGCUGGCACUGAAGACGAACUCGUAGCUACACUCGUCUCGCACAGAAAUGCCGAACGCGCUUACCUCGCCAACAAAGACAGUGAUGACGAAGCGGAGCCAGGUGAUUGGUGUGGUCCAGUAUCACCGGGUCCGUUCUCUCAGUGUCGACUGCUACUGGCGCAGCUCGGAGCAUUGGCGCCCGCUCGACGCGCUCACAUACAAUUGCUACGGCGCUCCGACCGCUUGCUACGAGAACUACGAAACUUAGACGCACAGAGAUGUCGUGAGACGCACAAAGUCGCUGUAAUAUACGUUGCAAAAGGUCAAGAGAACAGAAACGAAAUAUUGUCUAAUCGAUGUGGAAGCCCCGCCUACGAAUCAUUCCUCGCGGCACUAGCAUGGGAGGUGGAACUGGAGAGUCACGUUGGUUUCGCUGGCGGUCUCCGCGGUGGGGGCGGUGGUGGUGUGAGCGCGCCUUAUAUAGCAACACUCACGUUAGAGGCGUUAUUCCACGUGGCAACACGCAUGCCCGCCGACUCAGCAGACGCUAUACUCAACAAGACCCGUCAUUUAGGUAACGAUGAGGUACACGUGGUGUGGAGCGAACACUGGCGGCCGUACAAACGGGACACGUUGCCUACGCAGUUCUGCGACGUGCUCAUCGUACUGUACCCGUUACCGGGCGGACUGAUACGUUGCACCGUCUCGAGGAAACCUGACGUAUGCGUGUUCGGACCGUUAUGGGAGGAAUGCACGAUACGCGUUAGUUGCGCGGCCGCUUUGGUUCGUGGCGCUGCGUUCGCUGGCGGGCGGGCGGUCCGUGCGACGAUGCCUUUAUAUCAGCACGCGUACGCUGAACGUGCACGCAGUCUAGACGCGCUCGUGGGACAUCACACGCAGUCGGCCACCUUCGAGUACUUCGUGCAGCGUAUCAGGGAACCGGUGCCGCCUAAUAUCAGCGUACCUAUC